AUGUACUUUUCAAGGACAGCCAUCGUCUCUGCCCUCGCGGGCCUCUCAUGCGCUCAAAGCAUGCCGCCAGCCCCUGCGGCAAGCGGAAUGGCGGGAAUGGUCAUGAUGCACGUUGUUCAGGUCGGAGGACCCAACGGUUCUUUGGCCUUCUACCCCAACAAUGUCCAAGCCGAACCAGGCGACAUGGUGCAGUUCCAGUUCCACCCCAAGAACCACUCAGUCGUCCAAGCCACCUUUGACAAGCCGUGCACGCCCAUCCAAAACGUUAUGCCCAACAUGACCACGGCCUUCUUCUCUGGCUUCAUGCCUACCAAUGCUUCCUUUGAAGCCAAGAAGGAGGUCCUGACAUACACUAUCCGUGUGACCGACAAGAAGCCCAUCUGGUUCUACUGCUCACAGGCUAAGCAUUGCCAGGCUGGUAUGGUUGGAGCUAUCAACGCACCCACAACCGGUGCCAAGACCAUGGAGGCCUUCAUUGCGCUCGCUGCCAAAGCCACCGAGAACAUCACCCCUGGCCAGGCUCCUGGCUCCGGUGGCUCUACUGGCACCUCGCCCACCAAUGGAGGUAACUCCACUGGUAGUUCCAGCGGAGGCUCCAGCGGAGGUUCCAAUGGAGGCUCGAGGGGAGGCUCAGGCGGCGGCGCCGCUGGAGGUGCAAGCGGAACCAGCAGCAGCACACUUCCUCAGUCUACUUCUGGCGCCAUCUCUACCAUCAGUGCACAAUCAUUCGUCGGCAUUGCAGCUGCAGCCUUUGCC